AUGGAUGAACUCGGGUACGAGUGGUAUACUGGGUUCAAGACGCCUAGGGCAGUGGGACAGACGGUCAAGGAGGCCCUGGAGCUAUUCCGGCAAGAAACCGAUCGAGCUCAAAAUCAGCCGGAAUUGACGUCCACUGCACAUAAGAAACCUGCGAUGAGCGCGAUAGAAUUCUCAGGUAUCGCUGUGGAAGUCAGCCAUGAGGACCAGAUGGACAUCAUCGACCUGGCAAACAAGGGUAUCGAAAAGUGGCUUCCACUCUGCGUAAACCACGCUGCGAAGAGCCAACCAAAUAGCCCCUGCAAUGGUGGCGAAUCGGAGAAGCACGAGCCCGAUGAGUGCGAAGUUUCCACCAUAAAGCUGCAAAGCUCACACCACGUAACUCUCUUCUACUAUUCCACCAGGGAUGCGAAACCGGAAAUGGAGGACCCGCGUACUGAAGCUGUGUUUCAAGAAAUGCACGAUUUGAGCCCUUACUUACGCGAGUUGCGCUGUGCGCUCACGCCGUACGAGUUCUCCGUCGCAUUGCUAUACCGACACUUCUACGGUCUCACGAUGCCUGGGGAGGAGAGCCAACCCCAGUCAGGAAACCAUUCAAGCCGGGAAUUUAGCCAAUACGUGCCCAUCACGCUGAAGCACGUCGUGUUCGUACCGGGAGUGCUCAUGUGCGCCACGGCGCAGCUGCACAGAGAGCUGGUUGCGCUUCCCUCUCCCGACGGUACUUUCGGCCCCUACUGCAGCUACCCACACGGCAAGGUGACCACCAUGGAGGAUCUGACCACUCGUUGCUGGGACGAAGGCGCUGUCAUGCUUGAGGAGAACCACUGUACCCACGUAACCCUGGGAGUCACCAAGCAAUACAAACCCGUCGUGUCGAACAACAUAUGCGACGGCAUCAGGCGGUACCUCGAUUUCCUCAAAAAGUACGAGGAUGCAAAUGAAGACGAAAAACUGUGGCGCAUUAAAAGGGUAAACGAGGACGAUAGUGUUGACGAGGUGCGACCUGAGGAGCUCCUAAAAAUCUUGGAGGUUUAUGGAAGCAGACCGUCGGAGUUUAAACACGCUAAGAGAGAGUUCGUACAACUGGCGCCCCACGCGGCGAGGCGAGACGAGAUGGGUUUGGAACACGCCGCCGGAGAGGCCGUCUUCGACCUAGCGCUGCCACCUAAAGACGAAUGCGCAGAAAAACAAAUAGAACGCUACAAACGCACUGUGUGCUUCAUAGCGGACGGAGGGAAGUGGAUAUACAUCAGGAACUUGCCAAUAAGGAGGAACCUGCAGGGCCCAGACGAUGAGACGCAAGGUGCUUGGCUGGUGGACUCCUACAUCAGCACGCUUGACAAGCCGGUAAUGGGGGAGAUCCGCUUCUACAAAAGGGAAGGGCAUGAACCGAGGCCGCACCCAACACCAAGCAGCACAUAA